GCCCGCGCUGAUGGCGGCGGCUGCGGGCGGUCGUGCUCUGGAGCUUGUGUCUCGCUCAGCGUGUCCCUCUGCCUCGGCGCAGCUUUGGGAGGCAGUGAGGAUGAGGAAGGCCGCCCACGUCUCCUCAGCAGAGCUGCCGAGCCGGGCAGGAUCCCUCCCUCCCUCAGAGCUGCCGGGCCGGGCGCUGUGGGGAAAGGGCGCGCUGAGGCGUUCAGGGGCUGGUGGCAAGGGAGGUUAAAAUGUGUGGUUUAAUUUGAUAAAUCAGUGCGGAGCGCCAGGGGUGUAGGAAGGAGUCUCAAUCCGUGUCGGCGCUAGGAAGUGACGGGACGGGGCCGCUGGCUCCGCCUGCCGCCAGGAGAGCUUUAGCUUGGGGCUGUGCUGGUCUGGGUAAAACAGGUUGGAGAGCGCCUGGCAGAGCACAGCCUGCGGCUAAACAGGUGCACACGACAAUGCAGAUUCCCAUUUUUACCGUUGAUGCAUUUACAAACCGGCCAUUUUCUGGAAAUCCUGCGGCAGUUUGUCUGCUUGAAAAUGACCUGGAUGAAGAUUUGCACCAAAAAAUUGCAACAGAAAUGAACCUUUCAGAAACAGCUUUCAUCAGAAAACUGAAACCUGGAGAUGACUUUACCAAAAGUUCCUGCUUUGGGCUCAGAUGGUUCACCCCAGCCAGUGAAGUUCCUCUCUGUGGUCAUGCUACUCUUGCAUCAGCUGCUGUGUUAUUUCAUGUACAAAAAAAUACAAACUCAGUUCUCACGUUUGUGACACUGAGUGGGGAAUUAAAGGCCAGACAAGUGAAAGAUCAUAUUGUCCUGGACCUGCCACUUUACACAGCCUACCCCCAGGAACUUAAGGAAGUACAAGAAUUAAUAAAGGCAGCUGUGGGUGACAUGAUUGUUCAAGAUAUCCGUUUUUCUCCCGACACAAAGAAGCUCCUGGUCCGCCUCAGUGACACUUAUGGCAGGUCUGUGUUGGAAAACUUGAAAGUGAAUGCACAACACUUUUUGUCAGCUGAAAAGACAGGAAAAUUGAAAGGACUCAUACUCACUGUUAAGGGAAAUUCCAGUGGAAAAGGCCAUGAUUUUUACUCCAGAUAUUUUGCACCUUGGGUUGGAGUUCUGGAAGACCCUGUUACAGGAUCUGCUCAUGCUGUUUUAAGCAGCUACUGGUCAGAGCAGCUGGGGAAGAAAGAAAUGCUUGCGUUUCAGUGCUCCCGCCGCGGAGGAGAGCUGAAGAUUUCCGUGCGCAGUGACGGCAGAGUUGACAUUGCUGGGCAAACUGCUGUGGUGUUAAAAGGAAGCCUGACUUUCUGAAAGAACUGCCACCAGUCUCCCUCUGCUCUCACUAAUCACUAAUCUUUAUGUUACUCUGAUUAUGCUGAUUUUAUCUCAGCUCUAGGCAGUGAAUUACUACUGUUCUCAAAAUCUUUUAUUACUCACUGGCCAUUUUUAAAAAUUGCUUGAAAGUACUUGCUUCUCAUCUUCAAAAUCCUUGGUAUUCUUCACUUCCUUCUUGCCACUUCCUAUGUGCACUGACCAAUGAAAAUGUUUGAGUACAGCUAUCUUGUUUUUCUGCCUUUAAAUGAUUCUUCUCUUUAUUUCCAAAUUCUGUGUUGCAAUCCCUUACUGCUUCUUGGAUUAAACUGUAAGCAUCUGUUCGAUAAUCAAACUUUUCCCAUGUAGAUAAUUUUUCAUGAAAUAUGAAUUAAUUUUUUAAAAAAUUUAUAUUUUCUUGGAUAUAUAUUGAAA